GCAUUGGAGCUAUUGAUGGAAACCAUGUGCGAGCAUCGGUUACAAAGGAUGUUGAAGCCUCUUUUCGUGGUAGGAAGGGAUUCACCACUCAAAAUGUGAUGGCAGCGGUAGAUUUUGACCUCCGCUUCACAUAUGUGUUGGCUGGUUGGGAGGGGACAGCCCAUGAUGCGACUGUUUUAGCUGAUGCAUUAGCACGUGAGAGAGGGUUACAAGUGCCAGAAGGAAAAUUCUACCUAGUUGAUGCGGGAUAUGGAGCCAAACCCGGUUUCUUGCCACCUUUCCGUGCCGUGAGAUACCAUUUGAACGAGUGGGGCAACAAUCCAGUUCAAAAUGAAAAGGAGUUGUUCAAUUUGAGACACUCAUCACUACGGGUGACGGUAGAGCGAGCUUUCGGAUCUCUCAAGAGGCGAUUCAAAAUUUUAGAUGAUGCCAAACCAUUCUUUCUAUUUCCGGUACAAGUAGACAUUGUCAUAGCUUGUUGCAUCCUUCAUAAUUAUGCACUAUCUCAAGGGACUGAUGAAUUCAUUAUGCCGGAGGUGACGUGGACCACCCAACCAGUUCGAACACAAAGGCAACAAGCAAGUGACCAUAGGGCCACGAUUGACCGUAGGCAACAAAUUGCUACACAAAUGUGGGUGGAUAGGCAGGCCAUGUAUGGAAAUUGAGUAGUAUGGCAUAUUACAUGUCAAAACCAUGUAUCUUUGAGUUUAUGUAAUGGCUCGAUAAUUGUACCAUUUGUUCUGUUGAAACAAUCUAUUACUAUCAUUGUUAUUCUUUUAUGGCUGGAGAGAAUGUUACUUACUAUCAUUGUUAUUCUUUUAUGGCUGGACAGAAAUUGAUUUACUAUAUUUGAUACAUUUUCA